UAAUGGUGAGGUGUCUCAUGCCGUGAAGCCGCAGAGAGUGAGAAACGAAGGAAAGAAAGCCGGACAGUGACGGUCAGUAGUGGUAGAAAGAGACAGAAACGUAGAUCUAUAGGAGAACAUGCCGAAUGCAGUUUGUUCUCAUUGUGGUUGUAGUGAAAUCGACUGCGAUCCGGCUCGAGGUGAUGCUGUAUGUACGAAAUGUGGUUCUGUGUUGGACGAUCAGAUCAUCGUCUCCGAAGUCCAGUUCGCCGAACAUGCAGGAGGAGGUUCCAGUAUCAUCGGGCAGUUUGUAUCUGCCGACGAGUCCCGCAGCCACUCCAUGGGAGGAAAUUUCCACGUCGGAGUCGGCAAAGAGUCGAGAGCGAUCACAUUGGAAAACGGCCGACGGAAAAUCCAGCAAUUGGGUGCUCAGCUCCACAUGAAUCAACACUGCAUGGAUACAGCUGUGAACUUCUUUAAGAUGGCAGUAGUAAAGAGGCUAACACGCGGACGGAAAUCACUACAUGUUAUUGCUGCAUGCUUGUAUUUGGUGUGUCGAACAGAGGGUACCCCACACAUGUUGCUCGACUUCAGCGACGUGUUGCAGACCAACGUGUAUGUCCUGGGCAAAGUCUACAACCAGCUGGCACGUGAGUUAUGUAUUGUGGCUCCGGCCAUCGAUCCCUGUCUUUAUAUUGCACGUUUCGCACACAAACUUCAGUUGGGGGACAAAGAGCACGACGUGUCCAUGACGGCAUUACGUCUGGUUCAGCGAAUGAAGAGAGAUUGGAUGCACACCGGCCGACGACCGUCGGGUCUUUGCGGAGCGGCCUUAUUGGUUGCCUGUCGGAUUUAUGGCUUUAACCGAACGGUGAAAAAUCUGAUACAUGUAGUAAAGGUUUGUGAGUCGACUAUCCGGAAGAGACUGAACGAGUUCGAAGUGACACCUUCUAGUCAGCUGACCAUCGAGGAAUUCUCUAAGAUCGACCUUGAACAAGAAAUGGACCCACCGUCUUUCAGUGCCGGCAGCAAAAAACGGAAAGUGGAGCAAAACAAACUGGAGGAUAAAUGUAAGUUGAAUGAAUUAACUUUCGAAGUUACUAACAUCCAGAAGGAAAUUGAAAAGGCUCUUGAAGCACGGAAACCAAGGGGCAUUUUUGCUGCCUAUUCGAAAGUAUGUGACGAUACCGAAAGCAUCGCCUCAGAAAUUGAUGACAGUCUCAAUGACAUCUGCUCGGAAAUACAGGAGUCCAUCUGUCCAGAAAAGAAAGCCAUGUUUGAAUCAGAAAAUGACGUGCCGAGAGAGCUGGAAGAUAGUGGGAGUCAAGAUACCAUGACAAAGAACGUUGAGGAUAAGUUGUGCCAACUGGUACUCCCUGACUUCAAAGGCCCCGCCCCGACAGCUGCAAGCCUUGGUAUUCGAGAUUGUGUGGCAGACUGUCUGACGGAAGAUUUUGAGGACGCUACCGAUGGCGAUGGUGAGUUGGAUUUAACUGAUAUUGAUGAUGAAGAGUUGGAGAGGUUUCUGCUGAACGAGAAUGAAGUCCGCAUCAAGACGAAGAUCUGGAUGGAGGCAAAUGCAGACUAUUUGAAGGAGCAGAAACUGAAGGAAGCCCUCGAGGCAAAGGAAAGGGAAGAAGCAGCAUCGAAACCGGAGAAGAAAAAGAAGAAAACUUAUAAACGAAAGUCCCACGUCCAGGCGAGCACAGCGGGGGAGGCAAUUCGGACGAUGUUACAGGAGAAAAAAAUAUCGAGUAAAAUUAACUAUGAGGUUCUGAAGGAUUUGUGUCAGCCGAUUGACAAACAGACCCCAGCCUCACCAGCACCAGCCUCACCAGCCAUCUUGACCAAGAACGACAGCAUAACGUCAUUGCGAUUGAAACGGCCAGGAAGUCUGAUCAGCAAUGGUGAUCUGAGGGGUCAUUCGGAGGUCGAUGGUGGCUCAGUUGGUCCGCCAAAGGGCAAAAAGGUGAAGAUCUUGUCUCAGGUCACGAAUGUGGACACGGGCAAGGGCAACAUUGAUGAAGACAACAUCGUGGUGGAGACGGGCCCGGUACAGUACGAGAGUGGACCAGUCCAGUACGCAGCGACGACGGCAGCAGAUGGUGAGGAGGAAGAGGAGGAGGAGGAG